AUGGAAAUGAUUUAUAACAAUUCUUUUUUGGAUUUAAAUUAUAUGAGAAAUGGAACGAUGUUUAGUUUCAAUGCUACAACCUUUGUUAGACUUCAGAAUUGGUUCAUAGAUAUUGCAGUUUAUACUGCCAAUGAAAAUGGAAAAUAUGAACCAUUCCUUGGAAAAGGCUCAACUGAUGUGUGUAAGUUUCUUGGAAAUAAAAAAGGAAAUAAAUUGGCACGUUUAAUCUUCGAACAAAUAAAAGGCGAUAUAAAGUUUCCAACAUCAUGUCCAGUCGAGAAAGGCUUUUAUUAUGCCAGUAAAAUUAAUUAUGGUGGGGGCGGUUUCUUAAGUCAGUACAUUUCGGACACCAAAGCUAUGAUUUCAUUGGACUUUGGCACAAAAAUUAACCGAAAAAUGAAUUACUUUGCCAAUGCUAAAGUUUUCUACGAGUUGAAAAAUCGUUUAAAAUGGGAAAAAGAACAACUUAAGAACAAAACUGAAGCUCAAAACAAGUCAAAGCAACAGAAAUCUCAACAUUCUGAUUGA